AUGGUGUGCGCGGGUGCCACAAGUGAACUGCAGUCGAAGCUGGCCGCCAGAAGGUAUGCGAGAGCAGUUCAGAAGCUUGGGUUUCCGGCCAAGUUCAAGGGCUUCAAGAUCCAGAACAUAGUGGCCUCGUGCGACGUGAGGUUCCCGAUCUGGCUCGAGGGCAUUGCAUCGUCGCACGGCGCUUGCUCGAAUUACGAGCCCGAGCUGUUCCCGGCGGUGAAGUACAGAAUGAAGCAGCCGAAGGUUGGGCUCAACAUUUUUGCCUCCGGGAAGAUCGUGAUCACGGGAGCUAAGGUGAGGGAGGAGACGUACGCAGCGUUUGAGAAGAUAUACCGAAGCCAACAAGCGGUGGAUCUCUCCAAGCACCCUUCCGGCCUCGUUCCCACCCUACAGAACAUCGUCGCCACAGUAAACUUGGGCUGCGAGUUAAGCCUAAAGCAAAUCGCUUUACGAGCCCGCAACGCAGAAUACAACCCUAAGCGUUUCGCCGCCGUCAUCAUGAGGAUCAGGGAACCCAAAACGACGGCGCUCAUCUUCGCCUCCGGCAAGAUGGUGUGCACGGGUGCCAAAAGCGAAGCGCAGUCGAAGAUGGCCGCCAGAAAGUACGCUCGUAUAAUUCAGAAGCUGGGCUUUUCAGCCCAGUUCAAGGACUUCAAGAUCCAGAACAUAGUGGGCUCGUGCGAUGUGAAGUUCCCGAUCAGGCUCGAGAGCCUGGAUUCGGCCCAUGGGCCUUAUUCCAAAUACGAGCCCGAGCUGUUCCCGGGGCUGGUUUACAGAAUGAAAAAGCCCAAAGUUGUGUUACUCAUUUUUGUGUCGGGGAAGAUUGUGAUCACGGGAGCUAAGGAGAGGAAGGAGACUUACGCGGCGUUUGAGAACAUAUACCCUGUGCUUGCCGAGUUCAGGAAAGUUCAGCUAUGA